AGAAAUGUCAAAAAGAAAAUCACAACACAAACAUUUUGUGUGAUUUUGCCAAAAAAUCUGAUCCUCCUGCUGAAAAAAGUUUAAUUAAAAGAAAGGUUUGUGGUUUAAAAAUCAAUAACUUUGGUAUCAGUUCAUCACAAAUCGUUCCUAGGACAGCAACGAUCACAAACGCCAGCAAGCAUGAGCAGUGGAUUCGUGACCGAAGCGGAACUAGCCGAAGCCAGACGCAUCCGGCAGGAAGAAUGGGAAAAGGUCCGCACAGCAGACCAACCGAUGGAGGCACCGGAAGAGGAAUACGAUUCCCGCUCGCUUUUCGAACGGCUGCAGGAACAGAAACAGAAAAAGGACCUCGAGUACGAGGAAGCGCACAAGCUUAAAAACAUGAUCAAAGGGCUGGACGAUGACGAGGUGGAAUUCCUCGAUCUGGUGGACAAGAACAAGAUGAACGCCGAACGGAAGGCACAGCUGGAGGAGGCCAAAGAAAUGAACGAGUUCCGACAGAAGGUGGCCUCGCUGCAGGAAAAGCGAAUGGAUGAGCAAAUUCAACAGCAGAUAUCGAAACCGAAGCCAGUCAAAGCCCCGAUCGUGUCCAACCGAUUGUCACAGAAAAAGAUCCUUGCCGGGGUGGUUGUCCCAAAGCGAAAGCGUGAGGAAGAAACGGUUGUCAAACCAGCAGAACAAACCGCAACAAAUGGGGAGAAGAAGGGCAGUAUCCCGUCAGAAGCGGUCACGCCCACUGGAAGUAACACAGACGACAUGGCCAAGCCUGAAAAUUGCACAUCCAGCAGCAGCAACAAAAAAUUGAAGAGCGGUGCUAUGCAGGUCAUUGGCAUCUUGCCGGGGUUGGGAUCCUAUCGGGAGUCGACCGAUUCGGAGGAAAGCAGCAGCGAUUGCGACUGCGAUGCCGGUCACUACGAUUGGGUUGGACGGAAGAUUACCAAGAAGGUGGAAGAGAAGUAAGAGCAGGAUGCGUGAGUUUUGGGUGGGAAACUGCGCAGCAUGCGACUGUGGAAGGGCGAGAAAUAUAGGUUAAGCAUUGAAAUGAAGUUCUUAAAUAUUUAA